GUGCUCAGUCCAGCGCAUCGCCCACUGUGCAGCGAGUACGGGUUCUGGGACUGCCACCAAACACACGCGUGCUCUGCCCCCCCAGCGUUCCUUGUCCCUACUCUGCUGGUGCCCGCCCAAGUGUAUACACGGGCCGCACAGCCUUUCUUUUCCUCUCUCCCCUUCCGAUUGAAUUUCAUCUUUUCUCGAUACCUUCUUUCUCUCUUGUCAUCUUAUCCUUCUUCUUGCAUUCGGUCUUUUCAAUAACAUUCCCGCACUGGGGAAUACCGAGUUGCACAUUCGUUUAAUCUUAUCCUCACGCUCGCUUUUGCUCUUGUCUGUGUUCCCGACGUUUCUGGUUCUUGCUACGGUCACUCGACAAACCCCUCGAACACUACGAGAACACAAGCGACUGGUGAAUCUCUACACGGGAAUCUACUAUCCUGCCAGUGAUCUGGCAACUCGCCCAUCAUGGCAUUCAACACCGCGUCGAGUGCUGGAGGUACGGGAUCUCAGCAACAAAACUCGCUGCCGUCGUUGCCUGCCCAUCUCCAAUCAGACACCCAUAUCACCGCACACCUUGCUUCUCGGUUCCAUGUUUCUCAGCCCACUGCUAGCCUUUCAUCUCAUGGCCUAAUUAGCAUCAACAACUACACCUCUUCCUCGAAAGGCCCCGAUGGAGGCAAGGAAGGAAGCGCCAUGGCCGGCGCAGAGGACAUGGCUGACCGUGCCUGGAUCCGUCUUGGCCAUCGCUCUGAGAAUCAAGCUAUUGUGUUUCUCGGAGAAUCUGGUUCAGGCAAAUCGACAAUUCGCUCGCACCUUUUGACGGCACUGCUGAACAAGACAUCCUCCCCUCUUUCUAACAAACUGUCUUUGGCAGCCUACGUUUUCGAUACUCUAACUACGACGAAGACCGCUACCACCCCAACUGCUUCGAAGUCUGGUCUCUUUUACGAGUUGCAAUAUGACACGUCCUCCACGACAAACCCCGUUCUUCUCGGUGGUAAGCUGCUCGACCAUCGUCUUGAACGAAGUCGUGUUUCAGAUGUCCCCUCAGGCGAGAGAAACUUCCACAUUCUCUACUAUCUUCUUGCUGGCACCAGUGAUGCCGAACAAACCCAUUUGGGCUUAGAUGCCGGUACAAACGGCUCAAAGAGAUGGAAGUAUCUCGGCCAUCCUACUCAGCUCAAAGUCGGCAUCAAUGAUGCAGAAGGCUUCCAGCUUUUCAAGACAGCCCUAAAGAAGCUAGAAUUCCCUAGAGCCGAUAUUGCAGAAAUCUGCCAGAUUUUGGCCGUUAUCUUGCAUAUUGGUCAGCUCGAGUUCGAAACAACGAGCGAAACUAGCGCAAUGGGCGGCGAUUCUGGCGGCUUCUCACACGAAGGAGCCAAUACCUUUACUGGCGUGAAGAACAAGGACACUCUUGCCAUUAUUGCAGCUUUCUUGGGAGUCAGCGCAGGUGAUUUGCAAACUACACUUGGUUACAAGACUAAGAUGCUGCAAAAGGAGCGAGUCACAGUAAUGCUUGAUCCUGCUGGAGCACGCGAACAUGCUGAUGAGCUGGCUCGUACACUCUAUGCCCUGCUCGUGGCCUGGAUUCUGGAAUCUGCCAAUGCCAGAAUCUGCGCUCCUGAAGAAAGCAUUGCAAACACUGUCUCUAUUUUGGAUUUCCCUGGUUUUGCUCAUCAGUCUACGACUGGUAUGGCUCUAGACCAGUUGCUGAACAACACAGCUACGGAGGCUAUCUACAACCUUACCUUACACAACUUCUUCGACCGUACAGCUGACAUGCUCGAGUCUGAAGAGGUCAGUGUUCCCCCAACGAGCUUCUUUGACAACUCCGACGCUGUCAAAGGUCUUUUGAAGUCUGGAAACGGCCUCCUUAGUAUCUUGGAUGAUCAAACUCGCCGAAACAAAACCGACAUGCAGCUUCUUGAGAGCUUGCGAAAACGUUUUGAUGGAAAGAACGCUGCUAUUGACGUUGGCUCGUCCACUGCUAAACUCCCCGGAAGCAACUUUUUAACUGAAAACACGGCCGCUACAUUUACAGUGAAGCACUUUGCCGGUGAAGUUGACUAUCCUGUCAAGGGCCUUAUCGAAGAGAAUGGCGAAAUUAUCUCUGGUGAUCUGCUCAACAUGCUCAACGGCACCAAGAGUGACUUCGUCGGUCGCCUCCUUGGCCAAGAUGUUUUGCAAACUGUGCCACACCCACACGAGAAGACUACAGUUAUGCAAGCCUCCGUUUCAUCGAAGCCUAUGCGAGCACCUAGCGUAAUGUCGCGCAAGACGAGCCGUGCCCGACCGACCACUGCUCAUCGUCGUCAACAGCAAGAGGCCCUUGAUCGCCUUGAGCAGCUAAAUGAUGCCCAAAAGCGACCGAGCAAGAACGGAAUUGACCAAGGCGCAUCUGGUCAAUUCCUCGCCUCCCUUGACAAUGUGCAAAAAGCUGUCAUGGACCCCACGACAAACGUGUACUUUGUGUUUUGUCUGAAACCCAACGAUCGCCGUAUUGCCAAUCAGUUCGACAGCAAAUGCGUGCGAACGCAAGUCCAAACUUUCGGUAUUGCAGAAAUCAGCCAGAGGCUUCGAUCUGCAGACUUCAGCCUUUUCCUUCCAUUCGGCGAAUUCCUUGGCAUGGCUGACACCGAUGCCAUGAUAGUCGGUAGCGAACGUGAGAGAGCGGAGAUUGUUAUCGAGGAGAAGCGCUGGCCAAGCAACGAAGUUCAAGUAGGUGCGACGGGCGUCUUCUUGAGUGAGCGAUGCUGGUUAGAAAUUGCACAGCUCAGUGGACCUGGCGCUGGCUUCUUCGGUAUGAGAUCAGCAUCGGGAGAGCUCAUGAGCCCCACGCAGGAUGUUGCUGGUUCUGGAGGCAACACGCCGCUCAUGUACGGCGAGAAACGACGAUCUGGCUAUUUCGCUGAUGACGCACGAUCCGAAGCUGGUGUCUCUGCUAUUGGUGGUGGAGAUAUGUUUAAGAACUUUGACACUCGAGAGCAAAUGGCAGAGCGUGGCAACGAAAAGGCCUUGGUAGAAGUUGAGGAAUAUAAGGACAGUUCAAGCCGCAAGCGCUGGAUGGCCAUUGUCUACCUUUUGACAUGGUUUAUCCCCGACUUUCUCAUCAAGUGGAUUGGAAGGAAGCCCCGCAAAGAUGUUCGCAUUGCUUGGCGAGAGAAGCUUGCAAUCAACUUCAUCAUCUGGUUUCUCUGUUUGGUCUCUGCUUUCUUCAUCGUCGGCUUCCCGAUGCUUAUUUGUCCCAAGCAGUAUGUUUUUAGCGCUGCAGAAGUCUCGUCUUACAACAACAAGGACGGCUCCGGCCCCGCCUAUGUAUCGGUUCGUGGCUAUGUUUUUGAUCUCGGCGACUUUGCGAGGAACCACCCACCUCCUUUUCUCGACAAGAAGUAUUUACUGAAUUACGCUGGUACCGAUGUCAGCCAUCUUUUCCCUGUUCAAGUAUCUGCACUUUGCCAAGGCGUAAACGGCAAGGUCAGUGAGUAUGUCACUAUGGAUGUGAAAGAUACCAACACGACCGGCCAACCCUUGGUAUACAACGACGACAACUACAAGUUCCAUGAUUUCCGCUACAGCAGCGAUCUGUACCAGCCCGAUUGGUAUUAUGAGAGAAUGAAGCUGAUGAGGGGCAAGUACCUCAAAGGUAGAAUUGGUUAUUCUCCACAACUCGUCAAUACUCUUGGAGGAAAGCAACAGACAAUUGCUACCAUUGAUGGAAAGGUCUACGAUCUCACCAAAUACGUCACUGGUGGAUUUAAGCCCAAAGCACCCCCCGGCGAGGAACUUCCUGACGUUGAUCCUGCCACAAUCACCACGUUCAUGCACGACGAUGUCAAGCAGCUCUUCUUGAGAAACACGGGUUCCGAUAUCUCCCACUUAUGGCAAACUCUGACACUGUCAAAAGAGGUCAAGCAGAGUCAAAUGACGUGCUUGAAUAACCUCUUUUACGUUGGUGAUGUCGACACUCGAAACUCGACUAAAUGCCAAUUUGCGGAAUACUUGAUUCUUGCUGUUUCAAUCUUGCUUGCCUCUGUCAUCGCGUUCAAGUUCUUUGCAGCUUUGCAAUUUGGCGGCAAAAAUGUCCCAGAGAAUCUCGACAAAUUUGUUAUCUGCCAAAUUCCAGCCUACACAGAAGAUGAAGAGUCCUUGCGUCGCGCCAUUGACUCUGCAGCCCGAAUGCGCUACGACGAUAAGCGUAAACUGCUCGUCGUUAUUUGCGAUGGUAUGAUUAUCGGUCAAGGCAACGACAGACCUACUCCUCGUAUUGUGCUCGACAUCCUCGGAGUUUCGGAGUCCGUCGAUCCGGAGCCCCUCAGCUUCGAGUCACUGGGAGAAGGUCUUAAACAGCAUAACAUGGGCAAGGUUUACUCUGGACUUUACGAGGUUCAGGGACACAUUGUUCCUUUCAUGGUGGUUGUUAAGGUUGGCAAGCCUUCCGAGGUUGCCCGCCCUGGUAACCGUGGCAAGCGUGAUUCCCAAAUGGUCAUCAUGCGCUUCUUGAACCGCGUUCAUUACAACCUCGCAAUGAGCCCCUUGGAGCUGGAAAUGUAUCACCAGAUUCGCAAUAUUAUUGGUGUGAACCCGACUUUCUAUGAAUUCAUGCUGCAAAUUGAUGCCGAUACGGUUGUUGCAGCUGAUUCCGCCAGCCGCAUGGUCUCAGCCUUCAUCGACGAUACAAGACUCAUUGCCGUUUGUGGUGAGACUGCUCUUACGAAUGCCCGAUCGUCUUUCAUUACUAUGAUUCAGGUGUACGAAUACUACAUCUCACACAACUUGUCUAAAGCCUUCGAGAGUUUAUUCGGGUCUGUUACUUGCUUGCCUGGCUGUUUCUCCAUGUACAGAAUCCGUGCCGCUGAGACCGGAAAGCCACUAUUUGUCAGCCGAGAGGUUGUUGACGCAUACUCUACAAUUCGUGUUGAUACGCUGCACAUGAAGAACUUGCUGCACCUCGGUGAAGAUCGAUACUUGACAACCUUGUUGCUCAAGUUUCACUCGAAGUACAAGACCAAGUAUAUCUUUUCUGCGCACGCCUGGACUAUUGCCCCUGAUUCCUGGAAGGUUUUCCUCUCACAACGACGACGAUGGAUCAACUCUACUGUUCACAACCUCAUCGAGCUUAUCCCAAUGGCACAACUCUGUGGCUUCUGCUGCUUUAGUAUGCGAUUUGUGGUCUUCAUCGAUCUUCUCAGUACCAUUGUGCAGCCUGUCACCAUUGCUUACAUCGUCUACCUGAUUGUUCUUGUUGCAAGAAAUGCGACCGUGGUACCAAUUACCGCUUUCGUAUUGCUCGGCGCAAUCUAUGGUCUACAGGCCAUCAUUUUCAUUCUGCGACGCAAGUGGGAAAUGGUUGGCUGGAUGAUUCUGUAUAUCCUUGCCAUGCCGGUCUUUACUUUUGGACUACCUCUUUACGCCUUCUGGAACAUGGACGAUUUUGCCUGGGGCAACACCCGUGUUGUCGCUGGUGAAAAGGGUAAGAAGGUUGUUGUUUCUGACGAGGGUAAAUUCGACCCUGAAUCUAUUCCUCGCAAGAAGUGGGAAGACUACCAGGCCGAGCUCUGGGAGACGCAGACUUCUCGUGAUGACACCAGAUCCGAGAUUUCCGGUUACAGUUACGCAACCAAGGCUCAAGGACAUGUUUCUGAAUAUGGUAUCUCCAGCCGCGCUGACUCUACCACCGGCCUUGUCCCACCAAUGCCUGUCAUGCUCCCUGAUUCUCGAAACCUCUCUCGCAUGUCUCUCGCACCAUCUGAGGGUGUCGUCAACCGUAUGAGCUCAUAUGGAGGCUCACAAUUCUUCACUCCUGAGGAUAUGGUUGGUCUUCCCAGCGACGACGCUCUGUUGGCCGAGAUUCGUGAAAUUCUGAAGACAGCAGACUUGAUGACCGUUACCAAGAAGGGCAUCAAGCAAGAGCUGGAGAGACGUUUUGAUGUGCCAUUGGACGCAAAGAGACAAUAUAUCAACAGCGCAACUGAAGCGAUUCUGUCUGGUCAACUUUAGUUGACACAUGUUCACAAAAACUCUUGACGCGCCCAAGGAGCGUGGCAUACAGUUUAAUUUCUCCAGUAUGGUAUCGUAUCGUGUAAAUACAUCUUGGUAUGCCGAUACUAUCUGGAUGCCUCUCUUUCACCAUUCUUUACUUCAGCUUCCGCCUGAGAAUUAUUAUCUGGGCAUUCACACAAUAUUCUUUAACUUUGUUCUUGUUUUUUUUUUGGUUAUGGUCUUUUUGAAGGCGCAAGACAGAUCGGCUGACGAGGAGCCAUUAGUUCUUGUUAUAUCAGGGCUGUCUAGAGGAAUAUAUUUGGUGUUUUGAUUUAUUUGAUUUGCAAGAAUUGUUUGUACUCGUUGCAUUAGUUAUGGAAAAAAAUUGACCUAAUCUCUAACGCCGCCGUCUCUUUACUGUUGUCUAUCGUGUCAGGAUUGAGAGCUAAACUUCCAACUUCUGCAUCAACUUUGUGAUUCCACCUUUGCUCCAGACAGAGACCCUCGCUUGGUCGCACGUCUCCCAGACUUGCUUCAUCAAAGCACUAUAUACGGCAGCGUCUUCUGGGGAACCACAUGCCACGCGCUCGGAGUCUAACCAACUUAAAAGGCCGAAUCUAGUGACCAAAGUAGUGCUUCCACUUUCAAUCAAGGUUGAGCGGUAUACAAUUCGAAGGAUUCUGGUUCGAAGGUUGGCCCGCAUGUAUGGGUUGCUGCCUAGAGCUAAGAUCUUCUCGAACCAGCGUUUCUUGUGGAAGACACCUAAGUCAUACGGAGAUCUGAGCCCGUCCAAUAAGUAUGUUAACAGCCAGGUAGCCUCGGUGUAGUAUUUGUCGUCCUCUGAAGGCUCUCCGUGCAAGAUGUCAUGUGCCAUCGGUAGCUUCUCUAGAGGCCAGACAGGGCUUCGAGUGAGGUAAGUGUUGACUUUGGGAUAGAGAGGAUGUAAGGGGUUCUUGAGGAUCUCAAGGGCGUGGGUUGCAAAUGCAACAAAGAAAGAAGGUACAGGCCCGGAAUCGAUUUGAACCUUGGACGAUUCGGCUAGCUCAGACAGCAGUAGCCACACUUGUUUCUUUUCCUCGUAAGACGAUUCAUCGAUCUUCGCAGCCAUUUUGAGAAUAUUGGUCAACGCCUCUUUGCGUAUGUGAGUAUGUUCAGAGGAGAGGAGGCGGAUCAGUUUUGCAACCCAGUUAUCUUCAACCAAGUCGUCGACGGUCUUGGUCGCCCAUUUCAGAAGCGUUGAGCCGUCUUCUUCAGUGUCGAAUGGCACAUGUAACAUUUCCUUCAGCCUUUCAGCAGUAACCAUGACAGUGGAAUCAGCCACGUCGUCCUGAAUAUGCUGAUCGGCUGAGCUGUCGUCGACGCCACAAUCAGCAAGUUGGCUGAUUAUUUUGGCAUCUCCAAACUUUUUGCAUGUGGUGCUCUUCACUUCGGGAAGAUGACCCAGUAACUGUUUGAAAAUGAUUAGGAGUGUCAACUCGUCUUCUCCUGCAACCUGCAAAGCUGUAAAGUACAACGAAGCAAAUGUUGCCAAAUGCUUCUGCGUAGAAGCCGAGGCUGUUUUGGCAACAAAUGGUAUUUGCUCCAGCAGACACAUGACGAAUAGAGAGAGACCUUCAUUAUCUGGUAACUUUUCGUCUUUGAUAACAGAGUCCAAAGAGUCAAGAUACUUGAUGGGGGAGGUGGCACAACGACUAAUACAAUUGUCCAUGUAUGACCAAAGUACUUCAGUGGCAUCAGCAUCGCUUUUUGCUGCUGCAUAACGCAGCGCGCGUAUCAAUGGCACUAAUUUAGACUUGGCAGAUACUAGCUGGUUUUCGAUGGCAACAUCUGAUAAGACGGCUCUUAGCUGUAGCAAUGGCAUGUUUUCACUGCUGUUGCACAGAAGUCGCAACAUGGCCGUGUAUGUUGAGCAGGCCGCACUUGCAUGAAGGCCAUCGACCUUGACAAACCAUCGCAUACCCGGUGAAUAACUGGCAAUGGACACUAGGUUUUCAAGCUCCAUUCCGGCAAAUGCCCGUGCCUCAGCCUCGACUGUUUCAUCCUGAAUAAUUGAGAGAACAGUGGGGAAGAAAGGCGAGACGUCGAAAUUAGCGCUCAGAGCAAUCUGAGGUACUGUUUCAUAGUAAAGGCGAAGCAGCCGGCUAGCAAUAGUGCGAUGGAUGGAGCUUUCUUUGGGGAUUGCUUUAUAGCAGCGCACAACCUCCUUCAUGUCCGGCAUACGCUGGCAGAAAGCGUCUGUAAGCUUUCUGGAAGCAGUGUUCCAGACAGCGGACUUGGUCGUAUGGGGUUUGCUGAGCACCUUCAGAGCCUUGGAAAGCUUCUCCAAAGCCAAUACCAGUAUUCUCAUAGCAAACAUAGAUGUUAAGUUUGAGGACGGGGUGAGACAACGGAUCAAGACUUUUUGGUUUAUGGGUUGGGGGAUGAUAUUGUCGAGAAGGAUGGGUGUUGGAGGUGGGAUGAUGGUAUAGAGAGAUGAGUCGCCAAACGAAGCAGGGAGAGGGAUGCUCAUAGUGUUAAAGAGGAAGGCAGCAUAACCGAUCCAUGUCAUUGUAAGUUUGGGUUCGAAAGUAAAGGCGCGGUUGUUGAAGAAGUAGUCGGCAAUGAGCUCGGGAGCUGCCUUGAAGAUAGCGAUGAGGAGUUCGUUAUGUUUCAAGCUUGACCAAGGGCGAAGUUUACUUGCGACUUCUGAAAGGACAAAGUUAUAUACAGGAACGCUCUUUCGGAAGCGGUCUCCCCAGAAGUCGGCGUCGAUGUUCUCCGGACGCCCAAGCGAGGCAAUGGUAAGCGGUUCGUCCUCGGUGUCCUUGGGGUAUAGUCCGUGGCAAGGGUAUAGGAUACCGGCAGUGGUAUUUGUACAUAUGCUGACCAUAAAUUCGUGGGCUUUUUCGGGUACUAGUGCAACAUCCUGGGCGUCUGCGUGUGGGUGGUUGUAAGAGUAAAGAGCAAGGAAACGCAUCAGAAUCUUGGUGUUGAAGUUUCGGAACUUGGCAUCUCUCGAAAUCCCUGUAUCCAUAAACACGUUUGAUUUUAAGCUUUCCAAUAUUUCGAAGAUGACAUGAGGAGGAUCAUUCUUCAUGGUGAAUGUGAGGUGCGACAUAAGCUCGCGCUGCGAGACGAGUUCCUUCUUUGCGUCGGAAUUGAGGUACUUGAAGCAGCUCAGAAGAAAGCGCACCGCAUUAGUUCGAACAGAAGCUCGACGGAAGUCUUCUGGGCUGUCACUGUUGGGUCCAAUCUCGAGGUUUCUACCGAGGGAUGCGCAUGUCGAUAGUCUUGCUCGGAAGAUCUUCUUGGCGCAGGCGCCGCCAUCUAAGCAAACGGCUUCUCGGAGAAGGCGGAGGGUGGGUGAUAUAAUAAAGCCUUUGCCCUUUUCGGCCGAUAGGUUUCUCGAAAUCGACUUUAGCUGUCGCUCUUGCACAAGGGUUUGGCAGAUGCCGAGGCCGUGGGACACCAGCUCGAGCGACUGCGAAACAACCUGCAGCACGAGAGCUAACACAACGGCUGCUGACGACAUGACUCCGUCAUCACCAAUCUGGGCAGCAAAUGACCAAGUUUCCAUAAUAUCAGCGAGAAAUACAGCAUCCUCGCCAGUGUCUCGAGGCUUAACGGCGGAAAGAUAUUGUCGAAGAAUGGCGAUCUUUGCGUGACUGUCGUCGUCCGAAUUGGCUGCGGAAUCGAGUAGGUUUUUGAAAGAUUGGAG